AUGCCCAAAAAGGUAAAGAUAUUUGUUCUUACUUCGGCUCUGAUGACCAGACUAGCUUCUGCCAAGCCUCUGAAGAAUCGAGAUGGAGUGGUGUCGACUGUGGUCGCAUACAGCACGGUGAUCGUAGAUCCCACUAUCUCUGAAAGCGUGACCCCCGAUUCUAGCAUAUCUGUUGCAACCUCUUCUGAAGGAACGAUCAGCGGCGCCUCAGUCACUACCACUAGUGCUUCUUCCAUCGAGUCAACCGCCAUUAGUGGUGUUGCAGCGGCGGAUGUGGGAGCUACUACCACCGUCUCAGCUAUCAAAGCGGAUAAGACCAGUGCCCCUCUAGCUGGAAACGAGGGGAAGACGGGUUGUGAGCAACUAUGGGCUAAUGUGCCGUCAGAAGAUUGGUUGUUCGCGACACUCUGUUCAUGGUCUUCGGCCGACGCUUCUUGGCCUCUGGUCAAUUUCGAUUACGCUUGGGAAUUCAAAGAUCCCAAGAACCUUCCUGCGGUCAACGUAUCUACCUACGAUGACGCUUUGAAGACUCGUGAUCCACUGAUGAUAUCUUAUGACGGGGUGAAGGGAAAUGGUAAUUCGAAUGCGAAUGAUGCGUGGUGGGGAGGAGCUUUUCGAAAUGCACUCCUAUCAUCAGCCAGUUUAUCAAUUGUCGAUUCUACUGGCAAAUUCAAGAAUAACGAUGAUGACAAUUUCAGAGAAUGGGCAGUGUACCAUGCGCUUGUCAAUUUGCUGGGGAUGUAUCCCGUUAGAGAAGAUCCUUCACAAUUGAAUCAAGUCAUUUGGGAAAUGUGGCUGGACAAGUCUUCUUUCUCACCUAUAAUUAUCCUAUCCAAAACCGCAAAUUUGAAAUGUCUAAAAGAUGGUGAUAGGUAUUUCUCAAUCAUCAAGUUCGAUAAAGAUUCUUCAAAAGUCACACUUUGGGAUCCAACUUCCGGUGGAUCCUCAGGUUAUUUCCAAGUGGAUUCGGAAGACUUGCGGAAAGAUACUUUAUGGUUAUUCCAUCUUGAUUGGCCUCGUUAUGAACCUACUCCUCGGAAAAUCAAGAGUAUCAGUUAG